GGGUCACACUUGGGUGCAGCUCCACAAGAGAAGGAAGCGGAGUUUCCGGCUGUUUGCAGCGGAGGGAGAGGAUUGCUGACGCCGCGAAACCCCGAAAAAACGCCACCGCUCCGGGGGGCUAGCACUUCCAACCAUCUGUAGUGGCUGUUUUCUUUCAAAUAGGGGGAUCUGGGGGCUGGUGCUUUUUUAUUUUAUUUUACGGGCCAAAGGAAUCGGAACAGCAAACCAAGCAAAGAAGCGCUACAAAGCGGGGGUGAGCUACCAGCUACCGGCAUGGCCAGGGACUACGAUUACCUCUUCAAGCUGCUCAUCAUCGGUGACAGCGGAGUAGGGAAGAGCAGUCUCCUCCUACGAUUUGCAGACAACACAUUUUCAGGUAGCUAUAUCACCACAAUCGGUGUGGACUUUAAGAUCCGAACAGUGGAGAUCAACGGGGAGAAGGUGAAGCUACAGAUCUGGGAUACAGCGGGGCAGGAACGUUUUCGUACCAUCACCUCCACAUACUAUAGGGGAACGCAUGGGGUCAUAGUGGUAUAUGACGUCACGAGUGCCGAGUCCUUUGUCAACGUUAAACGAUGGUUACAUGAAAUCAACCAGAACUGUGACGACGUGUGCCGAAUAUUAGUGGGAAACAAGAACGACGACCCCAACUCCAAAGUGGUAGAGACGACUGACGCGCAGAAGUUUGCAGAGCAGAUGGGAAUCAGCUUGUUUGAGACGAGUGCAAAAGAGAAUAUCAACGUUGAAGAGAUGUUCAACUGCAUCACGGAGCUCGUGCUACGAGCCAAGAAGGAGGUGCUAGCCAAGCAGCAACAGCAGCAACAGAACGACGUGGUCAAACUCACUCGGAAUAGUAAACGAAAGAAAAAGUGCUGCUAGCAAACUGGAAGCCAUCCACAUAAAAGGCCGAAUGCGUCUUUUUCUUCACACUCACCAUACACUCACGAUGGGACUCAGAGCAUCUAAAUUAAAGAGCAGAUAAAGAUUUAAAGAAUAUACGGUGAAA